CUGGCACCCCAGAUCCCCCCUCCUUGCGCCCUGAGACUCUUCCUUGCGCCCCAAGGAAGAGUCUUGCACCCAAAUUUGUCUGCUUGAACCCAAAAUUCCCUCUUGCAACCCCGAAAGUCCUCUCUCCUUAUGGCCAGCGCUUCCCUGCUGGCACUCUGAGGUGCCCGCCUGCCACCCAGCCCGAGCAGCGCCCAUGGAGUUCUCGGAGCUGAUCAAGACGGCGACGGUGGAGGACGUGCUGCUGUCGCGGCCGGGGCUGCCCGCGGUCCGGGGCACCCUGUGCAUCACCAGCCACCACCUGCUGCUCUCCUCCUGCCCCCGCGGCGACCUGGAGCUCUGGCUGCUCAUCCGCAACGUGGACGCCGUGGAGAAAAGAGUGCAGAAUUUAGGCUGGUACCAACCCCCCCGGACUGGCGGCUCCCUGCGGGACACCAGGGUCUCCGGCUCCUCCGGCACCAUCACGCUGCGCUGCAAGGACCUGAAGGUGCUGCAGCUGGAGAUCCCGGGCAUGGAGGAGUGUCUGAACGUGGCCAGCUCCAUCGAGGCGCUCUCCUCGGUGGACUCGGUGAUGAUGAUGUACCCGUUCUUCUACCGCCCCCCGAGCCUGCGGCUGCAGCAGGGCUGGCACCUGUGUCCCCCCGAGCGCCACUUCCAGCAGGUCGCCUCGCAGACGAGCCAGUGGCGGCUGAGCACCGUGAACCGCGACUUCAGCGCCUGCCCGUCGUACCCCCCCGCCGUGAUCGUGCCCGCGGCCGUGGGCGAUGACACCGUGGCAAAGGCGGCGCGGUUCCGGCAGGGCGGGCGCUUCCCCGUCCUCAGCUACUUCCACCCCAAAAACGGCACCGCCCUGCUCCGCAGCAGCCAGCCCCUGACCGGGCCCAACCGGCGGCGGUGCCGCGAGGACGAGAAGCUCCUGGGGACGAUCCUGGCCGAGGGCGAGCGGGGCUUCGUCAUCGACACGCGCUCGGCGCAGGCGGCCAGGCAGGCCCGCAUGAGCGGCGGCGGCACCGAGCCCAAAUCCUCCUACCCACAGUGGCGGCGGCUCCACCGCGCCCUGGAGAGGGGCCGCCCGCUGCAGGAGAGCUUCGCCAAGCUGGUGGAGGCGUGCGGCGAGCCCGCGCCCAGCAUGGAGCGCUGGCUGGGCCGGCUGGACGGCAGCCGCUGGCUGAGCCACGUCAAGGCCGCCCUGAGCACGGCCUGCCUGGCUGCCCAGUGCCUGGACAGGGAGGGCUGCAGCGUGCUGGUGCACGGCGCGGAGGGGACGGACACCACGCUGCUGGUGACGGCGCUGGCCCAGCUCAUCCUGGACCCGGCCUGCCGCACGCUGGAGGGAUUCCAGGGGCUGCUGGAGCGGGAAUGGAUCGAGGCCGGGCACCCCUUCCAGCUGCGCUGCGCCCGCUCCGCCUCCUCCCACGCCCGAGGGAAGCAGGAGGCGCCCACCUUCCUCCUCUUCCUCGACUGCGUGUGGCAGCUGAGCCGGCAGUUCCCCUUCUCCCUGGAAUUCGGGGAGCAGCUGCUCCUCACCCUCUUCGACAACGCCUACGCCUCGGCCUACGGCACCUUCCUGUGCAACAACGAGAGGGAGAGGAGCCUGUGUAAGGUGAAGGAAAGCACACACUCGCUGUGGGCCUGGCUGAACCAGCCUGAGGAGAAGCAGAAGUACCUGAACCCUCUCUACUCGCACAACCCCCUGGUGAUCUGGCCCUCCGUGGAGCCCCAGAGCAUCCAGCUGUGGCAGGGUUUCUUCCUUCGCUGGAUCCGUCCUUCCCAGCACCUGGAUGAGGCCUGGGUGGAGAUCCGGAGGUUGGUGGAGGGAAACAGCUCCUCCAUCAAGGAGGGAAACAGCUCCUCCAUCAAGGAGGGAAACAGCUCCUCCACCAAGGAGAGCACAGGGAAAAGGCUGAGCCAGUCCCUCCCCGAGCCCCCGGCUGGGACAGAGAACGACGCUGAAGCCUGGACAGCUGGGACAAGGUGACACUGGAUCUUCCCAUGGGAAGGGCUGUGCAGGACACAGAGCCCGUGGACAGCUCUGGGAGAGGGGACAGAGCCUCUUUCCCAGCCUUUAGCUGCCCACCCUGAGCUGGUUUCAGUAAAUCUCUCUCCCAGCCCCUGCCUGAGUCUUGCUCUUCCAUAAGGGAGCUGCUCCUUCCCACUGGGAUUGCAGCAGUGCCCGUGGAUGGCUCUGGAGCUAAAGGGCAGCAGAUCACACAGAAAACCCAGCAGAUCACACCAAAAAACACCAGCAGA